CCCAAAAACAUUUUUCUUCAAACCAAAACAAUGGCUGCUGCUCAUGGCUGUCUUCUCGCAAGCAUACCCACUACAAGAAUCACCAAAAUGCCCCAAGCUAUUCUCAGCAAGGAAUACAAAAUGAAGGUGCCAUACAAGUUGAAGCAAGGGCAAUCUCGUAUUUUCCACAAGCUCCCUUCUGGUCUCAACAUGGAGGUUAUCUACCAGAAAUGUCUGCAAGAUGAUAAAAGUAAAACAGAGAAAUCAUGGAAUCCACCUCCAUUAGUGUUCGUCCAUGGAAGCUUUCAUGCCGCUUGGUGCUGGGCCGAACACUGGUUGCCUUUCUUUUCCCAAAAUGGGUUCGAUUCUUACGCCCUCAGCCUUCUGGGUCAGGGUGAAAGCGAUGCUCCAGAGGGUUCGGUGGCAGGUUCUCUUCAGACACACGCAGCCGAUAUUGCUGAUUUCAUCCAGAAACAAACGGAAUCAUCACCACCGGUGUUGAUUGGACAUUCAUUUGGAGGACUCAUCGUCCAAUACUACAUCGCCAAUGAAUACUCUGAACUCGCCGGAGCUGUGCUUGUUUGCUCUGUGCCGCCUACCGGAAAUAGUGGCUUAGUAUGGAGGUAUCUCUUUUCAAAACCUGUUGCUGCCUUUAAGGUCACAAUGAGCUUAGCAGCCAAAGCUUUUCAGACAUCUUUACCCCUUUGCAAAGAAACAUUUUUCUCUAAAGGAAUGGAAGAUCAUCGUGUUUUGCGUUAUCAAGAAUUGAUGAGAGAAAGUUCAAGAAUGCCAUUGUUUGAUUUAAGAAAACUUAAUGCUUCACUUCCGGUUGCAUCAUCUGAAUUUACUCGACUUCUUGUCAUGGGUGCAGCCGAUGACUUCAUUGUGGAUGAGAAAGGACUUGAGGAGACCGGGAGUUUUUACUGUGUGGAACCGGUGUGUGUUGAAGGUGUUGCACAUGAUAUGAUGUUGGAUUCUUCAUGGGAAAGAGGGGCACAAUUGAUCUUGUCGUGGAUAAAAAGCUUAUAAUAGUGAAAUGACUAAAAGGUCCUUAUUGGCACAAGUGGAAUUGUAGAUUAUGUUGGGAUAAGGGAGGAUUACAAGGUGUUUUAUGGAAUUAGAGAUUUAUUUGAUUCCGUGUAAUGUUGAAGAGUUAAUUAUGUCAAUGCUAUCAUAAACCCCUAAGACAAAUCCUACAACAUAUUCAUGAUUAAAA